CCUUCCUGCUGUAUUGAUAGCUCACAGGUAGCUUGUUUCAGAAAGAUUUAUUAUCAGCUUAUCGGUUUCAUAUUUUAAUAUUCGUGCCAUUCUCUGUGUGUGCUGGCUAUCCAGCGUCAUAAACCAGUAGUGGGCUCUCUGCAGUAGCAGAUGAACAAGAGGCCGAUGAGAGCAGCCUGCCCCCAAAGGCAGGAUUUCUGCUGUUGGCUCCAGCAUGGGUUCUGUUCCUUUUUUUCCAGAGAAGAUAGAUCUGUGGACACUCACCAUCUGGAGCGGACCCUAGAGACCCACCCUCUUGAGGUGCGGAGCCGUCUUUUAUUUGGAGGGAAAGCCAAAGGUAUAUAUGCCCAUAAAAAAUGAAAAGAGAUGGAACUCUAACCCAACUAUGGAUUCUGGAGAAAGAUUGCUCAGCAGCCUAAGGGAAAAACUAGCCUAUGUGUAGUUAUUUACAGUGAUGCAUCUUUGCCACGAUAUUAAUAUUUCCCAAAUGAACAGCAACUGGUCAAGGGAUGUCCGUGCUUCCCUGUAUAGCUUGAUGUCACUCAUAAUUCUGGCCACUCUGGUUGGCAAUGUGAUAGUAAUAAUUUCUGUAUCCCAUUUCAAGCAACUUCAUACACCCACAAAUUGGCUCCUUCAUUCCAUGGCCACUGUGGACUUCCUGCUGGGCUGCCUGGUGAUGCCUUACAGCAUGGUGAGAACAGUUGAGCACUGUUGGUAUUUUGGAGAAAUUUUCUGUAAAGUUCACACCAGCACCGAUAUUAUGCUGAGCUCAGCAUCCAUUUUCCACUUAUCCUUCAUUUCCAUUGACCGAUACUAUGCUGUGUGCAACCCGUUAAGAUACAAAGCCAAGAUCAAUACCUUGACUGUUUUUGUGAUGAUCGCCAUUAGUUGGAGUGUUCCUGCUGUUUUUGCCUUUGGAAUGAUCUUCCUGGAGCUGAACUUAAAGGGAGUUGAAGAACUGUAUCACAAACAGGUUGACUGCCUGGGCGGCUGUUCUGCCUUCUUUAGCAAAGUACCUGGAGUGCUGGCCUUCAUGACUUCUUUCUAUAUACCUGGAUCUGUCAUGUUAUUUGUUUACUAUAGAAUAUAUUUCAUAGCUAAAGGACAAGCAAGGUCAAUUAAUGGCACGAAUCUUCAAAUUGGAUUGGAAGAGAAACACAGAACGCCACAAAACAAAGAAACAAAAGCCGCCAAGACCUUAGGGAUUAUGAUGGGUGUUUUCCUCAUAUGCUGGUGCCCCUUCUUUUUCUGCAUGGUCCUGGACCCUUUCCUGGGCUAUCCUAUUCCACCCACUUUGAAUGAUGCACUAAAUUGGCUUGGGUACCUGAAUUCUGCCUUCAACCCAAUGGUUUAUGCCUUUUUCUAUCCCUGGUUCAGAAGAGCAUUGAAGAUGAUUAUCUUUGGCAAAAUUUUCCAGAAAGAUUCAUCUAGGUCUAAGUUAUUUUUAUAGUGCAGUCUGUGAAACCAUUAUAUUUUACUGUUUUGUAAAACAGUUGGUGGUUGUAUUUAUGAAAAUAGUGAACCAACCACAGGCAUUAACUUCAUGGACUAGUUUUUUUUUCCAGACAGGGAUACUCUGUGUAGUUUUGGUGCCUAUCUUGGAUCUGUCUCUAUAGACCAGGCUAGUCUCGAACUCACAGAGAUCUGCCUGUCUCUGCCUCUUGAGUGCUGGGAUUAAAGGCGUGUGCCACUGCUACCCAGCAACUUUAUGGACUUUUAAAAUCAGUUAUUUGAGUUAAAAUGUAUAUGAUGAAUUAAACUUUGAUGUUUGUAUAUGAGCUGAUAUUUGGCAUGGAGUAGAUGUGGUCUUUGACAUUUUUGUUAUGCAGGCUUAACUGUGGUAAAUGCAGUAUUAAAGACUUACAUGUAAAAGAAUUGUCCCUUCCCUUAGAAGACCUUCUAUGAAUUGACAGUAGUAGUUUAUUCAUUCAGCAAUUGAAUCACAAGACUGAAUUUAGGGUACAAACUAGAAGGAA